UGUCAUCUGGUGGUGUCAGAAGAGUACAACACACUACGGUAAGAAUUAAAAAUGGCGGCAAACACAAGGGAUAAUUCAAGUGGCAGCUCCAAACACAAACCUCGACAAGAGCGUUUUUCUGUGCAAACAGCAUUGGAGCAAUUUUGGCUAAAUGAUGGAGACAACUCAGAUUUGGAAGACUUGUCUGACAACGAUGAUCCCAUCCUGGAUGCCAAUUACCAACCCCGAACACAGGAGCGAAGCAGCAGUGAGGAUGAGGAUGACAGUAGUGAUGAUGAGGACCCCAUUCCUCAGCCCACUGAGCACAGCAGAGGACGUAAACGUCUCCGUGGUGCAAAUAAUGGAGCCUGUCCAUGCAGACAAUAUCUGCCAAUGAAGCCAAACCCAGUUGGCAUCAAGAACUUCGUUUGUGCUACAGCAGAUGGCAUUGUGCUGGACUUUGAUCUGUAUCAAGGUACAGGUGCACUGCUUGAGCAGGUCGAAGAAGAGGUGGGCCUGGGGUUGGGAGGCUUAGUCUUGGCUCGUCUGUGUCAAACUCUGCAUCGUGGCACAAAAGUGUAUUGUGACCGGUUCUUCACAAGCAUCCGAGGUGUGGAACAAAUGAUGAAGAAGGAGAUGUACAUUACUGGUACAAUAAUGAAGAACAGACUCGCUGGCGCGAAGGAGAAGCUACCCUCUGACAAAACCAUGAAAAACACAGGAAGAGGUACCUCAUCAGAACUUUCCACUGAAGAUGGAAAGUUGUGUGUAGUGAAGUGGUAUGACAACAAACCAGUAUUGAUGAUGUCUGUUGUUCAUGGCACAGAGCCUGAAGACACCUGCCAGCGCUGGGACAAGAAAUUGAAACAGUAUGUGACUGUCUCGCGACCAAGCAUUGUCCGUGAGUACAACCUCAAGAUGGGUGGAGUGGAUUUGAUCGAUAGAAUGAUUAGCUACUAUCGCAUGAGCGCCCGUACUAAGAAGUGGACGAUGCGGAUGCUAAUGCACUUCACAGAUCUGGCUUUAGGUAACAGCUGGCUACUCUACCGCAAAGACCUCGCAAUAUGUGCUGCACCAAAGAAGAGCAUCAUGCAGUUCCUUGAGUUCCGUACAGAAAUUGCUACGACCCUCUUGGCCCAGCAUCACGGUCAAGGAAGCCAUGCAGACCUCUCUGAACAGUCAGAGGAAGAAGACAACUCAAAUCAAGGGAACAAACGUCCUGUGACGGCAGUGCCCCAUGUCUCGGUCCGCAGGAGGGCGAAUGCCCAUCUCCCAGAGAUGAUCAGCCUGAAGAACGCGGCGCGCUGCAGGGUAGCAGGCUGCACUGGAAGAACCCGAGUGCGUUGUGUGACCUGCAAAGUGUUCUUGUGCUUGCAAGGCGAUCGCAACUGUUACACAGCCUUUCACACAUAGACACACAUACACUGCAGCACAACACACACACACACACACACACACACACACACACACACACACACACACACACACACACACACACUGCUGCAAUGCAAAAUUUCACAUAACACAUACUGUAACUGUGACUCUCCAAAGGGGGCAAAAAUGUUUUGUUUUUCUUCAUUUUGUUGUGUUUUUUCACAAUGAUGUUCAAAACACAAACAAUAGUUGAAAGUUGAAAAAACUGCUGUGUUCAAGGUUGAAAUAAAAUAGUUUUUCACUCUAUUACAAAAAGGUGACUUUAAUGUGUUUUAUGGAAAUUCAGACCCAGUGUCCACAUAUGUGGACAUCAUUUUUCUCUAAAAGUACAUCAUGUCAAAAGAUGAUACUUAGUUUUUAUACUUAUCAGGUUCCAAUAAGCCCAAAUAGCAAAGAGAAAUAAAAAAUGCAUAUAAAAAAACAGCUCGGGU